CGGCGAGCUGUCGUGCACGUGCAUUUGUGUGACGCGCGGGGAUGUGCGUGCCUCGCUCUCCGUUUCUCCACGCCCCCCAGCUUUCAUCCCAGUGCUCCCAUAGGCUCGGUGCAAAGCACGCACAAAAAUGCCCAGCAAGAGAAAGAAGAACAAGCGUCGCAUGAGGAGGGAGCAGGCCCAGAGGAGAGGCCUUGAAGAGCAGCAUGCAGCCUACCCGCCAGCCAAAGCCACUCCUGCGAUGGCAGUGGACGCGCCACCUGCAGCGACCUCAAAGAAAGCGGCCAAAACUCCGGCUCCAGCAAAGAUCCCAGUGGCAGUUCCGAUUGUUGUCCCCACCGUGAAGACCCCAAUCGUUAAACCACAACCAGUUGUGGAAAAGGCGAUCCCAGCGCCAGUGAAGGAGCCGGUCCCAGCGCCAGUGAAGGAGCCGGCCCCAAUGCCAGUGAAGGAGCCGGUCCCAGCGCCAGUGAAGGAGCCGGUCUCGGUGCCAGCGGAGGAGCCGGUCCCGGUGGCUGUUGAAGAGCCGGCCCCGGUGGCAGUGGAGGAGCCGGUCCCAGUCGAGGUAGCGGUGCCAGAGGUGGCGGCUGUGGUGUUGGAACAGACGCCGGCAGUCGUUGAGGUCAAGGUCCCAGCUCCGAUUGCUGAAGAACAACCCGUUGUUGAGGCUCCACCGGUAGAGCCUUCCACAGUUGAAGUCGCGAUUGUGCAGGAGGCUGAACCUAUCAUUCCUAAACCAGAACCAGUGACACAGCUCACACCCCCAGCUGAGGCUCCAGCAGCAGCCCCUGUUGAGAUGCAGAUUCAGGCGGAGGCGACUAUAACCGAAACCACAGAGACUGCACAGACGCGCGACGCCCGCGAGCCACAGGCAGAAGCGAAGGGCGAGGAUGAGGCGGCCGCGGAGGCCGAGGCGGAGGUCGUAGACGGGAUCGCCGCAGCGGAGAUUGUAACGGAAACAACCGAAGAAGAAGCCGUCGGAGCCCCGGAGGCGGCUCCGCAGGCCGCGCUGGAGCUCGGCGCGAAGGCACCGGAGCCAGAACGGGAGGCCGAAGCUGUCGCGCGCCCCGCAGCCGAGGGGGAGGGGGAGGGGGAGGAGCCGGCCAAAGAAGACGCACCGGACGUCCCGCCUGAGCCCGUUGCCAUGACAGAGGCUGCUCCUGACCCAUCUGUGGGAAUCCCAGCAUAUCCGUUGGGUCCCCAGGUGCCAGAAGCCGUCUCUGAGGCUUUGGUAGAAGAGGCGAAAGCCCUUUUAACUGAAGUCAAAGAGAGCGUUGCCGACAGCCUGGUUGAUGACUUCGUUGUCACAGACUCCGUUGCAGCGGAGGACGUCGCCAAUGCACAGGCUGUUGAGGUGCAGCCGGAAAUUGUGAGCAACACCAAAUCAGAAUCUGUGGACGCUUCGCCCGCCGAGCCGCUGGCUGCCCCUGCAGAGGAAACGCUCAUUGACGCCGCUGCUGAGCAGAAAUGUUCCGAGGUGCUUUCAGAAGAGCCCAAGCAGGGGAUGUGCGACAUACCGUGUCAGAUGCAGCUCGCCGUGGAGUCUCUGCAGCUCGCCUCAAUGGAGAUGUCGGUGGAAGCGGCGCUGAACGGACACGUCGUUCCGGAGGUCUCCAUCGAGGGCUAGAUUCACUCCACGCAACUCGGAUGAUCUUUUUUUCUUUUUGUGUUUAUUCCCCUUUGGCCAUUUGGAGGACUCAAAGCUUUACGGCUGAUCUUGUUCAUUUUUUAGGGCUUACGCAUGGAAUUCUAAGAAGAACAUCCACACUUUGAAGUGCCUUUCUGGCCCCCGGUUCCCGUGGUAACAUCAAACCAGAUGUCACCACGCAGCAAAUCAGGCUCCGGUCGCGAGUGUGCAGUAAUGGUAACCGACCCAUCGUGGCCACUUUUAAAUAAAAAAAAAUAAAAAAAAUCUGUAUUCCUCCCUGAAAACACGGGCAGUGAAUUUGCAUUAAGAACGGAAGCAGACGUGCUGGAGAUUCCAAAAACAAGAUGAAUGGCAGCGCCUGGACACGUCGGUUCCUCUCCGGUGCGUUGGCGUCAUCACUGCACGCGCUCCAUGCAGGUGGAAUCUGUGGCGCCGAUGUUCACAUAUAGGUGGGGGGGGUCACUACUUGCUUGUUUUUCACACUUAAAAAAAAGUCUUUUUACGCUCAAACAGACACUCUUACAAACCUCUACAUAGUCCUCGUUUGUGUCCCCUUCACUGUCCCCCAGUUCCACUCUCUGCCUCGACUAAGUGCCACUGCAACACACAUCCUGAAGCUAGAGUUUUAGGUUUUAUGGCCACCGGAAAAUGAGAGUCGAGGGGGAUGAGCUGAGGUCUUUAUUUUUUUCCUACACUUUUUAAAAAAUGUCGUUUUGUAUAGAACAUAUGAUGUGCUACAGUCCUGUGUUCAACAUCUGUGCUCUGGAGGGGAAAUGUAAUGUGAUCCGAGGAAAAGGAUCACGGUCAAACUGAUGUUGGUCCAACUUUUAAAUAAAGCUGUAACUCAUUGUGA